GGCUGGGCAUCAGCUGUGGAUUCGAUCGGCCGGUCUUCCUGCUCCCCGCGUCCUGGCAGGUGUGAGGAGUACAGUCCUCGUGGUGCAUGUUGACGGGAGAGGACCGGGCUUGGUGACAGAGGGACAGAUGGACGGAGCUCAUGCCCACUGCCGUCUGUGAUGGAGUGAUGAUACAGCGAGGAAGGCGGCUCACGUUCUGACAAGCGUCGAGGCGGUGCUGCAGGUCCUGGGACCACACUUGGAGGAGCACCCGUGCAGGACCCCGGUCUGACCCAGCAGCCUCCCUCGUUUUCAGUUCCUGGACUGUUCCUCCUUCGUGAUCCAAAUACAUCCAAAGUUGCAAUCCCCCCGGCGACCAUGGCCUUGCUGGGAAAGCGCUGCGACGUCCCCACAAACGGCUGUGGGCCUGACCGCUGGAACUCCGCCAUCGCCCGCAAAGACGAGAUCAUCACCAGCCUCGUGUCUGCCUUAGAUUCCAUGUGUUCAGCGCUCUCCAAGCUGAACGCAGAAGUGGCCUGUGUCGCUGUGCACGAUGAGAGCGCCUUCGUGGUCGGCACCGAGAAGGGGAGGAUGUUCCUGAACGCGCGCAAGGAGCUGCAGUCAGACUUCCUCAGGUUCUGCCGAGGGCCCCCGUGGAAGGAGCCAGAGGCAGAGCACCCCAAGAAGGUGCCCCGGGGUGAGGGUGGCAGCCGGAACAUCCCACGGUCUGCCCUGGAACAUGGCUCGGACGUGUACCUUCUGCGGAAGAUGGUAGAGGAGGUGUUUGAUGUUCUUUAUAGCGAGGCCCUGGGCCGGGCCAGCGUGGUGCCGCUGCCCUACGAGCGGCUGCUCCGGGAGCCGGGGCUGCUGGCUGUGCAGGGGCUGCCCGAGGGCCUGGCCUUCCGGAGGCCGGCCGAGUACGACCCCAAGGCCCUCAUGGCCAUCCUGGAGCACAGCCACCGGAUCCGCUUCAAGCUCAAGCGGCCGCUCGAGGAUGGCGGGAGGGACUCGAAGGCCCUGGUGGAGUUGAAUGGCAUCUCCCUGAUAGCCAAGGGGUCUCGGGACUGUGGCCUGCACGGCCAGGCCCCCAAGGGGCCACCCCAGGACCUGCCCCCAACCGCCACCUCCUCGUCCGUGGCCAGCUUCCUGUACAGCACCGCCCUUGCCAACCACACCGUGCGGGAGCUCAAGCAGGAGGCACCCGCCUGCCCUCUUGCCUCCAGUGACCUGGGCCUCGGCCGGCCCGGGCCUGAGCCCAAGGCCCCCGCUGCUCAAGACUUCCCAGACUGCUGUGGACAGAAGCCCACUGGGCCUGGCGGUCCUCUCAUUCAGAACGUCCAUGCCUCUAAGCGCAUCCUCUUCUCCAUCGUCCAUGACAAGUCAGAGAAGUGGGACGCCUUCAUAAAAGAAACCGAGGACAUCAACACGCUCCGGGAGUGUGUGCAGAUCCUGUUUAACAGCAGAUAUGCGGAAGCCCUGGGCCUGGACCACAUGGUCCCCGUCCCCUACAGGAAGAUCGCCUGCGACCCGGAGGCUGUGGAGAUCGUGGGCAUCCCGGACAAGAUCCCCUUCAAGCGCCCCUGCACCUACGGGGUCCCCAAGCUGAAGCGGAUCCUGGAGGAGCGGCACAGCAUCCACUUUGUCAUUAAGAGGAUGUUCGAUGAGCGAAUUUUCACAGGGAACAAGUUUACCAAAGACCCCACAAAGCUGGAGCCAGCCAGCCCGCCCGAGGACAUCUCUGCGGAGGUCUCCCGUGCUGCCGUCCUGGACCUGGCUGGGACUGCUCGGUCGGACAAAAGCAGUCUCUCUGAAGACUGUGGGCCAGGAACCUCUGGGGAGCUGGGUGGGCUGAGACCCAUCAAAAUUGAGCCAGAGGAUCUAGAUAUCAUUCAGGUCACUGUCCCAGACCCUUCCCCAACCUCUGAGGAAAUGACAGACUCGAUGCCUGGACAUGUGCCCUCGGAAGAUUCCGGUUACGGGAUGGAGAUGCUGACUGACAAAGGCCCCAGCGAGGACCCGCGGCCUGAGGAGAGGCCUGUGGAGGACAGUCAUGGUGACGUGAUCCGGCCUCUGCGGAAGCAGGUGGAGCUGCUUUUCAACACGCGAUACGCCAAGGCCAUUGGCAUCUCGGAGCCUGUCAAGGUGCCCUACUCCAAGUUCCUGAUGUACCCAGAGGAGCUGUUUGUGGUGGGGCUGCCUGAAGGCAUCUCCCUCCGCAGGCCCAACUGCUUCGGGAUCGCCAAGCUCCGGAAGAUCCUGGAGGCCAGCAACAGCAUCCAGUUCGUCAUCAAGAGGCCUGAGCUGCUCACCGAAGGAGUCAAAGAGCCCCUCACAGACAGCCAAGAGAGGGAUUCCGGGGACCCUCUUGUGGACGAGAGCCUGAAGAGACAGGGCUUUCAAGAAAAUUAUGAUGCCAGACUCUCACGGAUCGACAUUGCCAACACGCUGAGGGAGCAAGUCCAGGAUCUGUUCAAUAAGAAAUACGGGGAAGCCUUGGGCAUCAAGUACCCGGUCCAGGUCCCCUACAAGAGAAUCAAGAGUAACCCCGGCUCGGUGAUCAUCGAGGGGCUGCCCCCCGGGAUCCCUUUCCGAAAGCCCUGCACCUUUGGCUCCCAGAACCUGGAGAGGAUCCUUGCGGUGGCUGACAAGAUCAAGUUCACCGUCACCAGGCCUUUUCAAGGACUCAUCCCAAAGCCUGAAACUGAGGCCAAGGGAACUUCAGUGACUUGCCUGGGACGCCCAACCCGUAGUGGAGGAAGCGUUGGUUCCACACCUGGCUCCCUGCUCCGUCAGGGAGGCCCACUGAUGCCAGGCGGGCGGCACGUAAUUCAGAGCAGCCACCGAAUAGCGGAGUGUCGGGCUUUGGGGAGAAACACUGCGGGGCGGAGAGGCAGCCAGCAGCCAUCGCCCCCUUCUGGGGCGGUGACCUCUUCCACUGACCACGGCUCGCCCUCCAGCAAGGGGGGCUCGACAGCUCAUCUUCCUGUUCUUGAAUCUCAGCCAUCACCCCAAGGUGGCCAUCUGCCCCCCAUUUCUCUGUGCCAGUCUUCCCGCCCACCCAUCGGCCUUCCCUGUGGCCCCUCUGUGUGCAGACAGGGCCCUUGGAAAUGCUUUCUCUGCCCACGUGGUAUGGGAGAGGGUGGCAGCCUGCCUAGAAGAAGAGAUAGGCACCUGGCCCUGGCCCCAGGCCUCAGGGGUGGAACUGCCAGAGCCUUUCCAGGCAUUGGCGCUCUGGGCCGGGUGUCAGCCUGGAGGGACCGGGGCAGAUGGGCUGGCAGGCCAGCUGUGUGCUUCCUAAAGCCAUUUGUCACGCUGGACCGGGAAGGUGUCCAGACUCACAGGGGCCUCCGAGGGUUCACCAGAGGUCGCUGGGUGCUGUUCCUGCCCCAGAAAGGGCUGUUCCCAAACUGUCCAUUAGGCAGUCGCUGA